UCACACUGCACUGCCUGCAAUAACAACAUAAUAUUUUUAAGCUAAUUUCGCGCUGCAAAAAGUGCAAUUUACGCAAUGCAGCACACGCUCAGACGCUGCCUGGGCAUGGCCCGGGCGCCCCUGCUCCGCCUCCACCCCAGUGCCACAGUCGUCGCCACCUGCAACCGGGAACCGGCGGGGAUCCCCAGGCGCAACCUCGCCUCGGUGCCGCAGGAACAGAACAAAAAGGAACCGGACGCGAGGGAGAGCCCCAACCGCCUGCCCCGGCUCAUGGACUUUCCCGAAAUCGUGUGGCCCUCGGCCCUGAACUCGCUCAAGAACUGGAUCACCAUCCAGUUUAUCAUCCGGCCCUACUUUGACAGCGAGUUCCAGCUUAAGGAUUUCAUAUACGGCGCCAAGCAGGCCCUGCAGGUGGUGUCCUCAAGACUGAUGGGCGGCGACCUGGACUCGCUGGACAAGCUGGUCUCGCCGGAGGCAAUUGCGGAGCUGCGACCCGUGAUACAGAAGCUCUCGAUGACCCAGCGGCGGCAGCUGGAGAUAAGGGAGAGCGACAUCUACCUCAGCUUCCCCUACCAGGUGGGCAUCAUGUUCGACGAGGCCAACGACAAGCUGCAGAAGCGCUUCGUCGAGAUCACCAUGGUCUUCCACGUGAUGCGCGGCCUGUCCGAGAUGCGGGAGCGCGGCGAGGAGAUUCCCUGGAACAUGGGCACGCUGCCCGAGUACCAGGACAAGGUGUUCAUCUGCAACUACCGCUUCAUUAAGGAAUUCACCGCUGGGCAGCAGUCGGACUGGACCAUCAACGUGGCCAACCAGUUCCGGGCCAUCGACCUGAUCAAUGAGACCAAAUAGCACAUGCUCCCGCCACCCUAGCCCUAGAUAUUAGAUGGUCAUCCCGCCACCGCCUUCGUUGGAAUAAAAGUUUCGUUGCCGCAUUUAGGUAUAAAAAA